AUGCGACGUACGCUAACGUUGUUCAAGCAGCCUCUUGAGGCGUUGGGGUUGAACCCCAAAGUGCACUACCACGAGCGCGAGAUCCGCGAUGCUUUUCGCACGCGGGCCAAAAUGCUCCACCCCGACGUCGGUGGGGAUGCCGAGCACUUUAAGGAAUUACGCCGGGCCUACGAAUAUUUAACCGGAAAAUGCGAAAAAGCGGCGGAUUUUCCCGGUCAUUUGCGAAAGUACUCCUCCUCUUCCCAUCCCAAAUCGUCUCGUUCGCGACGUUUGUCGCGUUUGCGGCUUCAUGUCUUUUACGAAUACCGCUCGCACGCCAUCGCCUCCGCCGCUUCUCAGAAAAGACUUUUGCAUUUUGUCUGGGGCCGCGUUCGUCGGGGGAUGCGGGAGUUUUGGUACGAACAGCCCCUUUCGCGGAUCACCACCCGCGGGGUUUUUGUGCUUCGGCACUUUCAUUUUCGCCAUCCGAUGGGCCGCGCGAUCGCCGAGGACGACGUCGCCGCGGCGAAUCGCCUCACGCGGCUGGCGAUUUGUUGGUGUAUUCUUCGCUAUCGAUUGGGCUGGGCCCUCGCCGCGGGGUGGGUGAUCCACCGCGUUAUUGAUUUGAGAGUUGGCCGCGCGAAGUCCGCGGCCCCCGACAACGCCACCGAAGGAAGUUUAACAAAGGCCGUUUAG